GAGUGAUCAGUGGCGGUUCGUUAGUGGUGGCUGCGCAGUAGUAGCGGCUGUGUCGUAAUUAUUGACUCGCACCUGUGUCGUUGUGUGUGUCGUAAAAUGGAACUUUCCGGAGCAUCGGAAUAUAAUUAAGCAAGUUUUGACUCAAGUUUCUUAAAUUGGAACAUGCUGCUUUCAGUGAGAAUUUCAUGCUUAAGGUGAUGUGCAAAAUUGUAAAACCAAAGAAACACUGAUACUCUGUUUGAGAGUUUGCUUCGAAAGUUACUUAAAACCACGCUGCGUUUUCUGCUAGUCAAAACAUCUAGAAAACGCGAAUCGCACGUGCUUGCGCCACCGCGUAUUAUUGGCGCAAUAAAACGAUGGCGUCCAAAACGACGCGUACAACACCGACGAAAGGAAUCGUUGGGCGUGCGGAAGGUUUCGAGGAUUAUUUGGACGCACUGUUAGCUGACCUUCAAAAUACAGUUCCUGGGCACAGUCAGCAUGUUGGUGGUGGCGGCGGCGGUGGUUCCUCCGUACCGGGGUACGGAAGCUUGAAAGGAGUUCGUAACAAACAACAGACCAGUCCCGUUCCGCAAACGUAUCAGAACGUCGCAUCGAAAACAGUUACCGAAUCCCGUGCUACCAACGGUUACAAUGGCUCAUUGCCACGAUCGUCGACACCGCACAAUUCUCUGCCGCGUUCCGGCACCCCACAGAAGCUGCAAACAUCGGCAUCCGGCAACCUGUCCGAGCUGGACUCGCUGCUUCAGGACCUGAGCAGUGCCCGGUACGGUAAUCAAGUCGAAAAAUAUCCCAACAACGGAGUCGUCAGCCCUUCACCGUAUGCAAUUAACGACAGCAUCAAGAGACCGUCGGUGGACAGUUUGCUGGACGAACUAAGCAAUGCCCACUCGAAUCCAAUUUAUGCCGUUCCGCAUGGGAAUCAAAAUGCAAACCAUCCCGGCCGACAGGUUACGAUAACUGUGCGUGAAACUACGACGGAGAAGCUCACCGGUACACCGAGUGCACACUAUCAGGAUCAGAUGUAUCAACAACAGCUGACGCAGAACGAAUCGCACACAUCGUCGGCCACGAAGGAAUUAGAUGAUCUGAUGGCGUCACUUUCGGACUUUAAGGUCACAUCCGGUACGUCGCAUCAGCACCAAUCGGUGACGGAUUACGCGAAGCCAAACCAGGGCACGUCGCACUAUCAGAGCACUUUGACCACGGUUUCGACGACCGAGCAUCUGCCGCCUCCGGUGCACUCUUCCGGCGACCAGCUCGACUCUAUGCUCGGCAAUCUGACGGCCGACAUGAGCCGCCAAGGUGUGAACACGACGCAGAAGGGCUGCUGCAGUGCCUGCGACAAACCGAUCGUCGGCCAGGUGAUAACGGCACUGGGCAAAACCUGGCACCCGGAGCACUUCACCUGCAACCACUGCAACCAGGAGCUCGGCACGCGCAACUUCUUCGAGCGCGACGGCAACCCGUACUGCGAGCCGGACUACCACAAUCUCUUCAGCCCGCGCUGUGCCUACUGCAAUGGACCAAUCUUGGACAAAUGCGUAACGGCGUUGGAGAAAACGUGGCACACGGAGCACUUCUUCUGCGCCCAGUGCGGUCAACAGUUUGGUGAGGACGGGUUCCACGAGCGCGACGGUAAGCCGUACUGUCGCAACGACUACUUCGACAUGUUCGCACCGAAGUGCAACGGGUGCAAUCGCGCGAUUAUGGAGAACUACAUUUCGGCCCUCAACAGCCAGUGGCAUCCGGAUUGCUUCGUUUGUCGGGAUUGCCGGGAACCGUUUCACGGCGGUUCGUUCUUCGACCACGAAGGGCUGCCAUACUGCGAGACGCACUAUCACGCGAAACGAGGAUCACUGUGCGCUGGUUGCUCGAAACCCAUCACCGGACGCUGCAUCACGGCCAUGUUCAAAAAAUUCCACCCGGAGCAUUUCGUGUGCGCCUUCUGCCUGAAGCAGCUGAACAAGGGCACAUUCAAGGAGCAGAACGACAAGCCGUACUGCCAUCAGUGCUUCGACAAGCUGUUCGGUUGAAGUAACGGGUGUUGAACAUUUUGUCUUUUCGUUUUGCUGUAAGACGACUGACAAAACGGUUGCCGAACCAUGAAAUGAAUCUUACAUUUCAUUCGAUUGUCCUGCAAUUCAAUUCGUCUUCCUCAGUGCAAUUUGCCCUUUUUUGUAGUUUGCUUUCCCAACUUUUAUGUUAUGCACCAUCGAAACAGUCGUGGAGCAAGAUUUUGUUCAACCAAACAAAAGCUCUUAUUGAUUCAACUAUUCUGCUAACACGUUCCAUAUUGUUCACAUUUUUACAAUUUUAACAACUGAGAUGUCGCGCCGCCAAACAAUCGAUUACGGAGAAUUCAAUUUACUUGCUGGUAAACAAACAAAAAAUAUAGGUGUGUUAAAGUUUACACUAACCCACGAAAUGAUAAUAGUGUAUUUAUACUUAAUCCGAUUCUUCUUCUCUCAUUAACAAACGUUUCGAUUCUACGCACUUUCGGGGUUUGGUCGUAGGAUAUCGACUCGCAAAUUACCGUUUUGCACGAGGAAUCGAACUAAUGCAUCGAACAAACCGCAACGAGGCACGGUUCGUUCGUACGCGACGUAUUAGAAUGUUGUAGUGUAACAUGCAGACUGGGUAGUAUUGUGUUUAUUCGCGUUACAAAGUUUCCUUCUAACUGUUACGAGCACCAUUGCCAAGUCCUGUAGUCAUAGUCAAAGGCCAACUUAAUCUCUACACAAACACAUGGUUGCAAUUGGAGUGGAAUAGAUUGAACUAAAGCUAGCCCAGCGUCGAGAAU